AUGUCUAAAAUUUGUUUUGAACAAGAAGAUCAAGAUUAUAAGAAACAAAGUUUCAACAAUUGGUGGCAAGAUGAUUUUCAAUCAAAUUUUCGUAGACCUAUUAUGUAUUCAGAUAAUGAAGGUCAUAUUGUUGA